AUGGAUCAGGUUCUAUGUAACACAUUGUUGAAACAAAUCGCACUAGGAAGGAAAACCGAUAAUGUCUUCAAAAGAGAAGCAUAUCAAGAAGCGGCCGAGCAAGUGACAAGACAAACAUGGGUGCCUGUCACCUGGCAGAACGUACAAAAUAGAAUCCGAUAUCAUAAAAGAGAGUACAAUGAUGUCAAGGACAUGCUUGCUGCUAUUGAAUUCGGCUGGAACAAUGAGCGUAUGGUGGUCACUGCACCAAAUGAAGUAUGGGAAGAGUAUCUCAAGUCACACCCACGCACUGUGAGACUACGGGGCAAGAGGAUCGAGAGAAUGGAUGACCUAGGGGUUACCGUCGACUCUGAUCAAACGACCGGACGUUAUGUGAAGGGAUCAAGGACAAUGGCUGCAUCAUCAUCUAGGAUUAUUCGAGAUCUGAACAAGACAUGA